CUUAAAGUAGCUACAUCAAUAUGCCCUUUGGAUUAACACAUCGUGAACUGAUCCAGUAUACUCAAGCGGAACAACCAGAUGUUCUUCAACUUGGAGUCAUAGAUACCGUGAUAGAGGUACUGAUGGAUCAUUAUGAAAAAUGUGAAGAGGAAAGAAUUCUAAAUUUGGCUGAAGUUGAACGUAAACGUAUGAAAAAUUUGGAGGCUGAGACAGAAUUAAAACACAUGAACUUAUGCAUAAAGCGUCCAGCUAAGUCACACUGUGUGAAACCACAAACAAAGAUUCGAAAACCAAGUGUACAUUGGAUGAAUACCCUAAAACCUGGGGUAAAUCCUGCACCAAGGUCAGAUAAAAAACAAGAUGGUGAAUACUUAGCAGAACAAAGAGGAAACAUCCAAAAUCAUCCAUUGAAGACCGAAAGUGAUCAAAACAGCAUUUCUAAUAAGUCAGAUCAUUCACAAAAACAACUUAAAUCAGAUGAAGAUGCAAAUUUACACUUGCCAUUUGGUAUGGUCAGAUAUCCAACACCUAGAACAAGGAAAUUUCUAGAAGCGCAGACUAAUGAAUUACUGUAUGGUCUUGCCAAUCAAAUCGUUUUCUUAUCAUCCGAACAUGGUGAGCAUAAGUAGAAGCGCACUGAAUAAUUUUAUAUCAUGGCUAUUACAUGAAGUGAGCCUCUAUCCUACAAAAAGUUUGAAAAAACUUUUUAAUUAAGAAAAGUACUUCAACAACAGUUAUGAUGACAGCAGAUGUGACUCCUAAAGUUUUCAUAUUAUAUAUUAUUUUUCGAAUACUGACUAUCAUUUAUGGUUUUUCUGGUCAAUAAUAACUGCAUGCCGCAUACUGAAAGCGCCACAAUAUAAUAAUAAUUUCCUAUAAA